CGGAGCGCCAGUAUCGCCGCGAUCAUGGCCUCGGACGGACGUACAAAGCGUUCGCAAUCGAUAUGCGCGCCAGCCUCCGCGAGUAUGGAAGCUCUCGCCGCACCGAUGGAGACGACACCGGCUCCUCGUCGCAGACCAGCCACAAGGUCGCAGUCUGCCAGGAUAACAGGAGGGAGAUCUGUGAGACACAGGCGUCAGGCGCAGCAGCAACAGUUAGACCGCGAAACACGAGCACGGUACAGUUCCGAACCGAGGUUGGCUGAGGCGGAGACACCACCUCAAGUGAGGAGACAGGCGUCCGCACGACGUCGGCCACCAACCGCUCAGCACAGCCAGCCGCGACGCUCCAAUGCCUUCCUCGACGUCCCCAGAACCACUCAUCAGCCUGAGGAAGAACCUGAUGAAGACUCCUACAGAUUACGAACCUUCAACACAACGCAGAAAGGAGGAAUAGUAAACCGUGGUGAUUCAUUUCGCCGACGACGUUCAAGAUCUGGCAGUCUAGCACCGUCAUCACCUGCGCAAUCAGCCCCUGAUACCCAGGAGCGAAGACCAGUGGCUCUUCACCGUGUUGCGAUGGUGGGAGCCCCGGGGGUCGGAAAGACAGCCCUCAUCAGCCAAUUCCAAACCAGCGAGUGUAUCAACGCGUAUGAUAGACAAAGAGAUAUCGAUAGCACAGAACAAAAGGUUUCCAUAUUGUUGAAUGGGGAAGAAUCCGAACUGUAUUUCGUGAAUUGCACAAACACAAAGGAUGAAAUAGAUCGUUCUGAGCCACCAGACGCUUUUGUGGUGAUCUACUCCGUAGUUGAUAAGGCAUCCUUCCAACGAGCAGAGCAGGAAUUGGCCAGAUUGCUUGACUGCGACAUGCUGAGAUCGCGACCGGCUUUACUGGUGGGAAAUAAAAUAGAUUUAGCCAGAAGUCGAGCUGUGUCUACACAGGAUGGGAAGUGCUUGGCUUGUACUUAUAAAGCGAAGUUCAUAGAAGUCUCAGUUGGCAUCAAUCACAACGUAGACGAACUUUUGGUGGGUAUUUUAAAUCAGAUUCGUCUUAAAAAGCAGCAAUAUUCAGCGGACGGUGGCAGGGAAUCCUCGCCGGCCCAUUGGUAUAAAUCAAGGGGUGUAGUUCGAGCAAGUAUGAAAGCCAGACAAAUGCUUACGUGGAUUUUUGGUAAGGAAGAUUCCAAAUUCAAAAACUGUGAAAAUUUGAACGUCCUGUGAGUGGAAAGUGAAGGACCCGUGUUUGUGUAAUGGACAGUUAAACUCGGGUCGCUCUAGACGGACGCCAUUUUGUACAUGAUGACGUUUGUAAAUAUCUUACAUAACAAAGUGUUCAUAAUUUACGUCGAAGUUAGGCAAAACAAAAUGGCGUUUGAAUUUACCGUAUAUCAAUGCCAAAGAAUAUAUCUUAUUAAUAAGAUUAGAUUUAUGUGCCAAUUUUUGAGAAGAUUUGAUAGUGUAAUAAUAAUAUAAGAUAGUUAAAAUACAGUAUUUUCCCUAUUUAUACAUAUUGAAUGUAGCUGUUUUGUCGUAAUCAGUUGUUUUAUGUAAAGAUAUAUUUAGCUUUUAUGAAUAUAAAUGAAUUUAAAAUAUUACUGGACCACUUGCUGUAUAUCAUACAUUGUAUUGAAAUAUACUAUAAUAAACAAUACCUUAAUGUAGUUAUUAUUGUAAACUUUGACUGUUAUAAGUUAAAUUAUUAUAUAUUUAAAUAAUCUGUUGCAAUUUUCAAUUUCGUAUUUAUAAAGGUAGUAUACACUUAGUUAAAAGUAAUAAAUUGCUUUUAAAUGUAUCCCAGUUAUACGAAUUUUGGUAAGGAAAUAGUAAAUAAUAUAUUAUAAUACAUUAUCUGCGAAUGCACGUAAGGAUUUGAUGGUGUAUAAAGUGAUUUGUAUCGAUGUUUCUAUUUUAUAUUAUGAUUAAGUAAACUUUAUUUUGAUUUGACCCUAGCUGUAAAUGUAAGGAUAUUUAAAAGACAUCCGUAGAUAUCCUACACUUUGAUAGUAAAAUUAUAUGAAAUAUCUUAAGAAAUUUUGGUUAAAAUCUAUUCCAAAAUAUAUCUGAACUUGGAUUUGUUUUGUUUGGAUUUAAAUAUUAUAUUAUUUUAAGUUUUCUCCGUCUCUUUGUACAUCAAAAAAAAAAAAUAUAAUUUUUCUAACUUAAUAAUGUAAAAGUGCGAAGAUGAGGAUUCAAUAAAAAACUUUUAAUUAUAUAUAAUAGUGCACCGGUGUAAAGCAUGUUUUUAUGAUAACUACGCAGGCCUUUUAAAUAUAUCCUUAGACCUAGAAUCACUGAAAAAUAAUCUUGUCAUUUAAAAACAAGCAGUUAUCCAUAAAAUCUGUGGUGAACAGGAAAUUUACAACGUCUGUUUGAUUUUAAAAGAUAGGUUAUUUUUCUAUGAUCAUGGGCCAUUAUAGGUACUAUAUAGAUCACGGUUUAAAAGUGCCUUUUAUAAUAAUUAAUUGUAACCUACUGUAUGUUUAAAUUAUUUAAUAUAUAAUUUCAUUAGUUUUAUUUCAUCUUGUCAUGUGUGAAUUACACGUGUGGAAUAUUCGCUUCUUUUCAAACAAAAUUUAACCGGUCUUAAUAUUAUGUUGCCAUUAAAUAAUGCAUUCUUAUAAAAAUAGUAUAAUCAUUAUUUAACAGUUUUUUGGUGUAUAUUAUACAUAAAUUAGAGAGUUUAUUAGUUUAUUAUGAUUUUAUAUGUGAGCAAGAAAUAAUAUUUAAUACAUAAGAUUAAUUGAAUAAUACGAUUUACUAAAAAAAAUAAUCAUAUUUUGUACUCGAAGAUGUUAAGCUAGUGAAUAAGUAAGCACAUUUUUCUGUAACAGAUAAUACAAUUUAUAAUAUCCCAUAUUAUCUCAGUAGACUAUUUAUUGUUUAGACGUUAUAUGAAGGUCGCAUUUGCACGUUAUUUAUUAGGAAUAUAAUGUUAAAAUGUCAACAUCUUGAGAUAUAACGAAGUAUUGUCUCAAUAAAGAAAAUCAAAGACAAAAAACAAAUAUUAGCCCACAAUAAAUGCAACACCAUACGUAAAUGUUUAAACAGAAAAGCACUAAUAGAAUCAAAGAUACUUGUAGAUAAUAUAGUCACUAUAAUCAAGAUAAAUCUAAAUUUAAUAACAAUAAAGAUUUCUGGAGUUAUUCAGAUCUUCUGUAAUUAAUUGUUUCGGUUUAGAUCUUCAUUAUCGGGCCGAUGUGUUUUAGUUAAUGUUUAUUGUGAAUAAACAGAUUGACAAUAAAUUUGAAUAUUGUGUGCGAGUUUUUUUAUCUGUCGAGUAUAGUAUACAUACAUGUAAGUAUAUAAAUUUGUACGAACUCAGCUUAAAAAUUAAUGUGAUCACAGUGUGACCGUUUUGUGGACAAGAAAGAAAUAAGACAAUAAAUAAAAAGAUAUUUAAUUUUAAAAGUCGAGAAUGAGAUAUACAAACUUUGGGAUAUAAAAAACAUUUUCAAACGGUGUCACAUGCUACGUGUCGUAAAUAAAGACGCCGUAGUCACUUUCAUUUUUGGUAAUUUUUAGGUGUAUUUUUAAUAAUGGUUAACAAAAACAAACACAAUUUAAUAUAUACUCCAGUUAGUACUUUAAAUGUUACAUAUGUGCUCUAGGUACCAAAAACCACUAUUCUAAUAUUCGCAAAUAUUAUGAAAAAAAACAAUUAUCUCCUUAGGAUUGGACACUGUUCGCUUAAUUGAUUUUCCAAUAAUCUCUAGACUACUUGUACUGUAGUAUAACGAUUAAUUGGAAAAUAAGGAGAGGUGCACACAUAUCAAGGUUUAUGUAAGUUGCUAUACCGUGUCAUUCCCCGUGUACUAAAAUUAUAUUGGGUCAUUCCAAUGCUACGUACAAUGUCAUUAAAUUUGAAAUUCACAAAAAAUAUCCAAUGUCGCAUAUUAACUGUCACUUAGUACAUAUACACAUAGAUAUAACAUAGCAUCUAAUAACGCGAAAAAUACAAAUUUGUAAGUAAAAGACUAAGUCUAUACAAAUCAACAACUCUCGUUGCGAGCAGCGUGGUUCAAAGGAGACUAGAGAGAGGCGGAAAUGUAAAAUAACUGCUGAGAAGCCCUAGGAUCGUGGUGACACACUCACUUACCAACUACUCUUACCUUGAAGCUACAAUUUAUUUACAAAGAUUCACAAUCGUUUUCUCGUAAAACAUAAAAACGAAUAAAGGAUUGUUCCGAAAUAACCUUUGGAGUUACAUUUCCGUAAGUUUUCGAAAUUCGAAAAAUUGUGAAGAUUUGAUCUAACUUUGGAAAUAUAUUUAGUGUCUCAAUUUCGCAUUCAUCUCAAGUGCCUCCCGAUUCGUCUUCGCCGGAAUAAUCUUACUCUCGAUAAUAGUUUUUACUUCGUCCUGUCAACUCCUGACACAUUAUAUAUUUAUUUCACUUCGGGUGGUGCACAAUAAAGCUAUUCUACUCUCUUAUAUAUUUUAUUUUCUCUUUACGCAACGAAAAUGGAAUUUGAAAUUGGAAUGGAAAGGAAUUGAACUCUGAGUUACUUAAAAUUUUUCUCUCUACAAAGGUAGGUAGAGCGAAACCAAUUUUUAGAUCUUUACAAUGAGGGCAGAUAAAUCCUCGCGGACCCCCUCUUACGAAUCGAGAAGGUUCAUUUUAUUGUCCACUUUAACCACUUCAGGAAUCAAUGGCCCAUGUGGUUAAAUACACAUCUCUUUUGUAUUUGCGUAUUUUUAUUUAUACUGAAUAAUUGACAUUAUUCUAGUCAUUUAGUGAGAGCUUUAGCACAAACUGGCAAUCUAGUUACAGGAUUUGAGUUCAUUGACAUUGUGGUAAGGGCACGAUAACCAAAAUAUGAAUAGAUCGUAAAAAUAUGAUUUAUAAAAAACAUUUUUAGUGAUUAAACUAAGUGAUACUUAUAACAUUGUGUUAUGUAGGGUUGUUCGUACUUUUUUGUGGUCAGAUAUGUGGGGAGACAUUUUUUGUCGUAUCGUAAAUCCAUCUUAUAUAUUUAAAAAUCUAUUAAAUUCAAAGCGGUUAUUAUGUGAUUUCCGAUAAUAGAACGGUAGUCUCUGUAGAUAGAGGACUCGAGAACUGCACUCAAUUAUUUUCUCCCAGACAAAGCUACGACUUGGAUGGAGCCACAACAAAUUUUCUAGCCUUUCCCAACACUUUAACAUCUAAUGAAUCUUUUCUUCGUAAAUCGAGUGUAUAAUAUGUAAUUUUUUACUGGUU